AUGACCUUCCCUUCAAACCCUCAAGCAAUGAUGCCGUCCCGGGAUCACCAGAAGCCAGAAUGGCGCAAGGAUUCUCCCAGGGUCAACACCCGUCCUAAUCAACCUGGCAGGAAGGAUCAGCCAAGAAAUCCGGUUUUGAAGGAGCCUUUGCCCAUCUCCGGCAUCUCUCUCACUAAUGCCUUGAAGUCGGCUCAGAAGGAAGGAUACCUCAAAGAUCAUGUGCCAAAGAUGGUGUCGGGCCCCAGAAGCAGGGAUACAAGACAAUUUUGUCGAUAUCAUCAGGACCAUGGGUAUCUCACUAAUAAUUGUCAGAUCCUCAAGAGGGAUCUAGAAGAUUUGAUCGCGAGAGGAUACUUGAAGGAUCUCGUGCUACCAGCAGAGUGUAGGAACCCUGCUCCAACUCAAAAAGAUAGAAGAUCCCACUCUCGGUCCCCCCGACCUCGGCCCCUAAUGAAUGAUCAGCCUGCGGAGACUGCUUAUAAGGGAGUCAUCAAUGUCGACCACGAUCCUAAGAAGACGAGGAUAGAAGAGCUUGUGUCCUUCAGUGAGGAGGUCCUGCAGAGUAUUGAAACACCCCAUGAUGAUCCUCUUGUCAUCACCACGACCAUUAACGGAUAUCAAGUGAAGAGAAUUAUGGUCGAUACAGGAAGCUCGAUGGACGUCCUAUACACCAACGCUUUUGAGCAGAUGGGGAUCGACAGAUCCCGCCUACAGCCUUGCAGAGUGCCCCUUAUAUCCUUCACUGGUCAUUCCCUCCUCCCUGAAGGAGUGAUAACUCUACCAAUGACACUGGGGGCUCCUCCUAAACAAGUCACUACUCAGAUUCAAUUCCUCAUGAUGGACAUGAAAUCAGCCCAUAAUGUCAUAUCGGGUCAGACCGCCCUCCACUCUUUGCGGGCCAUCGCUUCCACCUAUCACCAAGUUCUUAAAUUUCCAACUCCGAAUGGAGUGGGAGUUGUCCAGAGCAGCCAGAAAGAAGCCAGGUCCUAUUACCUACUCUCAGUCAAGGGAAAGGGUGCUCAAGGCACCAUGUCCAUCAAAAAAGCAUGUUUGUAA